AAGUACCAGCAGCAGCGCCGCCAGGCCCAGCAGCAUGUGCCGAUGGCGCCCGCCGCCUCGCGCAGCAGCCCGAUCCCCGCCGCCGCCGGAGCGGCCGCCGCCGCCGAGCCCGGCGCCGUCAGCCCGCGUGGCGGCUGCCACCUGGUCCCGCUGCUCAGCGCCGCGGAUGUCCAACUGGCGAUGCAGGCACUGCAGUCAGCGGCAUGGAUACACGAUUAUGUUUGGAACUCGGUGGACCCGGCGACAUGUGGCGCCAGCCCGCGCACAAGCAGCGCUGGCGGAGGUGGAAGUGGCGGCGGCGGCAGCGGCGACGGCGACAGCUCCCGAAGCAGCACCCGCCGGCGCGAGGCACUGGCUGCUAUCGCGACGCCUGUGUACCGCGAGGCCCUGGCGGCGGUCAGCAGGAUUCAACAUCCAGCCCUGCACUCACUCGUGGAUCAGGCUGUGGCCUUUUAUGUGGACCCGGCGCUAGGGGAGCCCGAGGACGUGCUACGCAUUAUCUUGGAGCUGCUGACGGCGUGUGGCGGUAUGCCCGCCGCCGCCUCGCCACCGCCGCCAUCAGCCCGAGCCGCAGCACCGGCACCCCAGAGCCGCAGCUUAAGCGGCGGCGGCGGCGGCGGCAGUGGCAAGGACAGGCCGGGCCCGGCGGUUGCGGCGGCGGGGGCUGCAGCCGUGGCGGCGGGCAGGGUUAGCGAGAGCGGCUCGUCCGUAGUGACGGUGCCGUCGUGUAGGAGCUUGGGUGGCGCCCGGCGCAUCAGCAGCUCGUGCCGGGCCUCGCCGCUCGCGGCGGAGGCGGCGCCGCGGAGUUGCACUGCCCUGGGCGCGGGCUCGAGGCCGCGGGAGACUUGCGGCCCGGCUACUGGUGGUGCGGAGGGCCGGGCCGUCUCAUCGGCGUCGGCGGUCGGCGAGGCGGCAGGAGGCGGUAUCAGGGGCUUUGGACUGCGGCGGAAGGUGGCUGAGCGAUUCCUGUCCAGGAGCGACGGCAGCAGCAGCAGCAGCAGCAGCAGCAGCAGCAGCAGCACUACGAGCGAGGCGGCGCUCAGCAUGGGCAGCAGCCUGGGCAGCCUUGGCGUGUGCACGGCGAGCGGUGGCGGUGCUGCGAUGGCGGCGGCAGCUUUGCACAGCUGCGGCAGCGGUGUCGCGCUGCACAGUGCGAGCGAGGGUGCUCCGCCGGGCACCGACAGUGGGAACGACAACUUACAGUCGGACUUGGUCAUAACUGACGCCUCGUACACAGCCUCCGCACCCACAUCCGCCGUGAUUCCUGCUGCCGCUGGCGCAGCUUCCCAUACGUCCGCUGCCGGUCCCACGUGUGUGCCUGCCGGCGGCAACGCCGACGGCAGCGGCCACUCCAGCAGGCGGGCGGCCUCACUGCAGGGCUCAGAGCACAUCACAAUCCCCAGCGGCAGCAGUGGUGGCGGCAACGGCGGCGGCGCGUGCGCCAGUGGCGGCGCAGCGCGGGCUCUGCGGACGCUGAGCCUGCAUGGCUUGCGCGACGUGUUCCGAAGCCAUCACAACUCGCCGGCGCGGGAGGCGCGGGAGAACAGCAGCAUCGGCAGCGGCAGCAGGUCAGAAGUACGCGGCUUUCCUGCUCGCGCUGCCAUGGCAUCAGAUGGCAGCGGCGGCAAAGGGCCCGCGUCGGACCACCAUCACCACCAUUACCACCGUCUGCUCAGCUUGUUCAAGAAGUCCGGCACAGCGGCGCAUUAGGCAGGUCGGCUGGGCCUCAUUGCAAACGGCUGGCAAGUAUGUUUGGGUUUCUAUAGGUCUCAAUGGCUGUGACUGCUUCAGCCCAAGAAGCGGCGCCGGCGCACAGGUUGCUUGAGACCUGCCGGUGCCUGGUUUGCGGUCUAUGCUGGUGACCAUAGCAUAGCACGAUUAUUGCUUUUGGGUUCGUUGCCUGCUGUGCUUGUGCUUGACAGCAGCGGGACGCGGCUGGACACAUUCUUGUCACGAGCGAACUGCUGUCAUUCAAUUAUGCACCUGAGCAAAUCAUCAUCAGCGUUUCAUACAUGCAUGCUCGAUUAAAGUACUCAUAUCAUCAGUACUACAACGCUUGGUCAACCCCGUCAAGUUCGAGUUAUUGAGUGCACGGGAAUUGUGACAGGCCGCCUCGUGUCUGAGAAGUUUGUUUCCUGCGUAGGUAACAAAGUCGUAAGUAACUAUUAUUAUUGCGCGGUACAAGCCGACGGGCCGUACACGCAACGCACGGUGGGCACCGUAAUCAUCGAUGUACGGUGCACUUCAACCGGGACCAUGAGGUGGGUCGAGGUGUAAGACUGCAAAAGC